UUUGUGCUUAGUGCCUCAGCCGGGACCAGGACGAGAUGCAGAACGACGCUGGGGAGUUCGUGGACCUUUAUGUCCCUCGGAAAUGCUCUGCUAGCAACCGAAUCAUUGGUGCUAAGGAUCAUGCUUCCAUUCAGAUAAACAUUUCUGAGGUGGACAAGGUGACAGGCAGAGUGAAUGGCCAGUUCAAGACUUACGCCAUCUGCGGCCCCAUCCGGAGAAUGGGUGAAUCAGAUGACUCCAUUUUGCGUCUGGCGAAAAAUGAUGGAAUUGUUUCAAAGAACUUCUAACUAAAGAAACUCCAGUGUGGAACAUGUGAAAUAAACAGUUCAAAACUAUA